AAACACAGUGAAGACAAGACGUGUAUUACUGCAAGGCUGAUCUCCCUCUGUCAGCAUCAUGAUCAUGUCCAAGGCUGACCCUGGCAGUGUCACAUUGGGAAAUCAUGGCUGUUUGUGGUUCUUAGACAAGGGGGAACAAUGCUGAAGCCCUGGAGAGGUGCUGCGGGAGCAAAGGAGGCACAGUACAGGUAAGAAGUCCCCACAAACAGCACAAGGGGAGGAACAGGACUUCUUGCUCAAGGCUGUUGCUGACUGCGUGCUCCGCACCGUCGUCCCCCUCGCUCCCCCCUUGGGUAUGCCCUUUUACACCACAGCAUAAAGCGAGAGCUCAGAGCUGGCUGUGCGCUCGGGCUGCAGUCAGAGACCCCCUCUGUUCCCAGAGAUUUUUACAGGCAAUGCAGGGGAGGGUAGACGCCAGCUGAGCCUGCCAGGCCACCUUUACUUGCAAGGGCCAAUGUGUAACUCUAAAUGUGCAUUUCCUAAAUGUGCAUGAGGCUCCCUGGAGAAUCUCUCCCUGUUCUGGAUUACAACCAAUUGUUUACGGAAGGGCUGAGGAGAGGAGCAGAGCUGGAUUGCCUUCCUGUCAGGCGUGCGAGAAAAGCUGCUUUGUGCCGAGUCCCACCCCGCUCCAGGGCGGGGACUUUGCCAUCCAGGACAAGCCGAGCAAAGAUCUCCCCAUCCCUGCCAAGGCACCCGCUUGAGACAGCAGUUGUCUAACUGCCUGGGGACUCAGACAAUAACAGAUUGACCAGAUACGAGAAGGAUGGCAACAAUCAAGGGGGUCUCAAGUUUCAGUGCUGAGCAAGAAGCACAGGCACUAAGGAAGGCUAUGAAAGGAUUUGGCACAGAUGAAGAUGCGAUCAUCGAGAUCUUGACCAAACUAAAUGUUUCCCAACGUCAGCAAGUUCUGAUCACCUAUAAAAGCAGUAUUGGCAGGGAUUUAAUUGAUGACUUGAAGUCUGAGCUCAGUGGGAAUUUUGAAAGGGUCAUCAUUGGUAUGAUGACUCCUACCACCAUGUACGAUGUGCAUGAACUGAGGAGGGCUGUGAAGGGUGCAGGAACAGAUGAAGGUUGCCUGAUUGAAAUUCUGGCUUCUCGCACAAAUGAAGAGAUUCGGCGUAUUAAUGAGAACUACAAACUUCAAUAUGGCUGUACCCUUGAGGACGACAUUGUCUCUGACACAUCUUCCAUGUUUCGAAGAGUCCUCGUGUCCCUUGCUACAGGUAACAGAGAUGAGGGAACGUAUGUGGAUGCUGCCCUUGCUCAACAAGAUGCUCAGUGCCUGUAUGAAGCUGGGGAGAAGAAAUGGGGAACAGAUGAGGUACAAUUUAUGGCCAUCCUCUGUACACGGAACAGAUAUCACCUACUAAGAGUUUUUGAUGAAUACAGAGGGAUUGCUAAUAAGGACAUAACAGACAGCAUUAAAUCUGAGAUGUCAGGAGACCUUGAAGAUGCUUUGUUAGCUGUGGUAAAGUGCAUACGAAAUAAACCUGCAUAUUUUGCUGAAAGACUGUAUAAAUCCAUGAAGGGCUUGGGAACAGAUGACAACACAUUGAUCCGAGUGAUGGUGUCCCGCUCUGAAGUAGAUAUGCUGGAUAUCAGAAGGGAAUUCCUGACCAUGUAUGGGAAAUCGCUCUAUUCCUUCAUUAAGGGAGACUGCUCAGGAGACUAUAGGAAAGUCCUGCUCAGACUCUGCGGUGGGGAGGAUUAAAGGAUGCCUGGUGUACUGCCUGGGUGAUGGGAAGCAACUGAUCAUAAGGACUUCUUGCUUUUUAAUUUUUCUCAAGUACCUUAUUAACUGCUAUGAGUAUUGACUUAGGUUAGUUAAUGCUCUGGUUAGAUAAUGGCCACUCUGGCUAACCCGCUUGAUAUGUUUUUAUGCUUGGAACACCUUUAUGUCUACUAACUGGGCUACCAAAGCCCAUCUUAAACAGAAUGCUGCAACCAAAUAUAUAAAAUUUAAAUUGUUUCCUGACAAGCUGUCCCUUUGCUGUUGUAUUCACGAGCAAAACUUAUCAGCUGAAGCAAACUUGGAUGCACAAUUGAAAAAUAACCUCAUCAAUACAUGGAGAGUGCAGAAUGCACGCUUCAGUUUUUGCAAGGUAAUUAAAACACAAAGAAAUACAUCAUCCAAAAUACAAGCACGUUUAGAUCUUAACUUGCUCUCUGUUAGUGUGGAGCAUUAACAGCCUUGCUGCACUUUAUGUAUAUGUUGCCUAUAGAUCUGUAGGUAGGGAAGAUGUCACUGGUGACAUCAGCAAAAACUCUUGCUGCCCUGAUUACAGGGCAGCCCCACAUUUUUGGCUGAUGUCACUGGUGACAUCAGCAAAAACUCUUGCUGCCCUGAUUACAGGGCAGCCCCACAUUUUUGCCCCGUCUGCUUUGACUCGUGGGAGUAUAAAUCAUCAGGACCAUACUACAAACUCUUCCUCUGGAUAAAGGGAUGUCAUUAGAAUGGUGCCUUUUAAGGAAUGACCUGUCCCCAAAAACACAUCUCAUCAGCACUACUCAAUGCCUUAGACUGGGAUGCCCUGUGCUGGGGUAGCUCACCAAAUCUCAGCAGUGCUGGCUGGUUGGAGCCCUGUGCAACACCACCAUUAGAGGGGCCAGGUUUUGUGCCUAUGCCUGACUUGGACCUUCAACCUCUACAAGAGACUUUUCCCCCAGACACUGCACAACUGCCUGUUAAGCUGAGUGUUGUUUUCACUACAAAAAUGUUGUUCUUGCUUGGCUUAGCAAUUUAUUUUUUUUCAACUGUUGGUACAUAAUCCUGUUCUGAAGGCAUCAGACUGAGGUUAGAAUUUGAAGGCAUAAAUACUGAUACGGCCUACACCGGAUUCUGUCACUUGUUUUCUUCUAAAUUUGGCUACUGUUGGCUUGAAUAGGAGAUACUUCUGUGACCUCAAAUAAAGUAAUUUUCUUUUUUGCUCUCUGUGCUGUAACUGGAGAUACAUUCCUUAGUUUUGGUGGGAGAGGAGGCAGAGAUUUUUCCAGUUCUAUUGAAGCCUUCUGCUCAGUGAAAGAAAAAUUGUCUUACCCAGUACAACAGGCUAACAGAUGCUCUCAGGCUUGGUUUUGUGUUUAAAUGCCUUACGUUGCUUUUUAAAAUUGAAUAAACAAUUUCUGUACAUUA